UCGCAGCUCAGCUCAACUCAUGCUCAUCAGCGUUGCUGUUGACGGCGCUUGCCAUUUUACCAGUUAAGAUCUGCGUUUUGUAUCUAUCGCAAAACAGUCGAAAUUGUCUGCUCGUUGGCUGCACAUCGCGCUCGCUGCUAGCCUCUAAACGUAACGUAGUGCCUAAGGACACUACACUUGAAGGAUAACCACCUACACACUCUCACACACACAUACACGUUCAAUAUGGCUAAAAUAAUUAUUAGUGCCUUUUUGUGUCUGGCCAUGUUUGGCUCGCUGGCCCUUGGCUCGCCCGAGUGUCCCACGCCCAAUGGACGCUUUGCAGCUGGUGAUCAGUGCGAUGCCUACACAGAAUGCCAGGAUGAUGUGCCAGUGGAGAAGCUCUGCCCAGACGGCCUGCUCUUCCACCAGCGCACCAAGACGACAGGCGAAUGCACCUAUGCCCCCUACUCCACCUGCAAGGAGCGCUCUCGCCUGCAGCCAGCCAAUGGCACAGAUGAGUGCCCACGUCAGUUUGGUUUCUAUCCCAAUGGAGACGAGACCAAGUGCGGUGUCUAUCGCAAUUGCGCCCAUGGUGUGGCCAGUCUGACCAAAUGCCCCGAAGGCUUGGCCUUCAACGAGGAGACCUACCAAUGCGACUGGCCCGAUCUAGUGGCCAACUGCAAUGCCGAGGCUUAUCUCGGCUUCAACUGCCCCGCGCCUGAGUUGGUCGAUGGCGUUGCACCCGAGGUGGAUGUCAGUCCCGAGGGUGAGCUGCGCUACUAUCGUCACCCGCAGACCUGCAAGAAGUACUUCGUCUGCGUCAAUGGACACCCGCGUCUCUACAACUGCGGCAAAUAUCUGGCCUUCAAUGCCCAGUCGAAGCUCUGCGACUUCUACAGUAAGGUGCCCGAGUGCUAUGCCCUGCUCAAGGAGAAGCAAAAGCUGAAGGCCGAGCGCAAGCUUCCCGCCUUGGAAAAGGCUCUGGUGUAAGCCCCAUAUCUCGGGAGUAAAGAGUUAACGUAGAGGCUGACUCUCAAAGAGGCUCCUUUCUAAGUGAACAGACUUGUGCAGCUACCUUACCGUACCCACUCGCACAGCUAACUUCUUUAUUGAAUAAAUAAAAAUACACACUAACGUGUUUUGUAUAUAAGUAUUUUCGUUUUAUUCUAUUAUUAGAAUGUCGCAAAUGUUAAUAUAAAGUCGAUGAUAUAUUUUAAGCUAAUUGUGGUUUAUGUUGUAGAGCCAAGCUGCUAAGAACCUUUAAACGACACACUGAACGUACUUUGACUUUGAUAUAGAGUUCUCGAUUAAUCCCUUCAGAGUACUAAACAAACACAAGGAUUUAACUAAAAGCAAAAAAGCAACUUUCAAAUCUUCAAAUUUAUUCUUUGCAUCCAUUAGACGGUCAUAUCCUCUCCCUCUGGGAUUAAUUAUGGAAUUGCGGUUGACAUUCAGUAAACUCGAAAACACAUAUCUUUUUAGAUUGCAGUCACAAGUCGAAAUAGGAAUGUUUCUUAACCCAUU